AUGAGAGUAAGUUUUGGUGAUGUGAGAGUAGAUUUUCUUACUGGUGACUGUAACUUUCUGGUGUUGGUGACGGUAGCGUUUAUUGCUGAUCUCAGCGGAAGUGAAGCUCAGCGUGCAGAAUCGUUGAAGUACCCGUCAGCUCACACCCUCAGUGAAUCACUUCUAAACAACAUGACUUGUGGGAGCAAAGUGAGGCAGUUUAGGAAGAGAGGAAGAGUGGAGGUUGAUUAUAAGGAGGAUGGUACAGAAUCUAGAAUUGAUGAUUCUGCAGAUGAAGAUUAUAGGCCACAUUUUGAGGAUGAUGAAUAUGGAGAUUAUGGUUGGGAUGACGAUUGGUUGGAAGAUAUGGAAGGUGAAUUUGAUGUCUUUGGUGAGAGUAUUGGCCCAAGUACACAAGUAAAAGCUGCUGUUGGAAGUACUGUUGAGGAAGAGUUUGUGGUCGAGGACAAUGAAGAUAUGUAUAUAGCAGUUGAUUCUGAUGAGGAAGUACUAGGAGGUGCAGCCAACUCUGAUGGUGAGAUAGGGGAUGACUUUCUGGAGUUCAAUCCCAAGAGUGACAUGAAUGACCCACAGUUUAAGUUGGGGAUGAAGUUUGCAUCAGCAAAAAUCUUGAGAGCUGCUUUAAGAGAGAAAGCAAUAAUGGGAGGAUGGGAAUGCUGCUUUUUGAAGAGUGACAAAAAGAGGGUGAGAGUGAUUUGCAAAGCGGACAACUGCCCCUUCGAGUUGUAUGCUAGCAAAAUGCAACAUGAGUCAACCCUGAUGGUGAAGACAUAUCAUGCAAAUCAUACAUGUUCUAGGGUUCAUGUCAACUCUAUGGUCAAGGCACCUUACCUAACUGAAAAGUUUGUGGAUCAGAUCAAGCUAAAUCCUGAUUGGAAAACAGAAUCACUUGCACAAACGAUGUCAGCGGGUGUAAAGGCAAAGGUAUUCGUGCAGCAGGCCUAUAGAGCUAAGAGGGCAGCCUUGAAGCUGCUUGAAAGGUCCAUCAUGGAGCAAUAUGCUAGAGUAAGGGACUAUGGAUCAGAACUGAAAAGAGUAAACCCUGAAACCACGGUGGACAUAAAGUGUGAUUUCAAUGAUGCUAGUGGGUUGCCUGUGUUUAAAAGGAUGUACAUCUACCUCGGGGCAUUGAAGACUGGUUUUAAAGCUGGAUGCAGAUCAGUAAUCGGGCUAGAAGGUUGCCAUUUAAAGAGUCCUCAUGGUGGACAGCUCGUAACCGCAGUAGGAGUUGAUGCAAAUAACACCACCUGGGUAGUUGCAUAUGCUCAAGUUGAGAUGGAGAGCACAGACUCUUGGAAAUGGUUCUUACAGUUGCUGGUCAAGGACUUAGACAUAGAGCAUGAGGGGGCUGGAUGGACCUUUAUCAGUGACAAGCAGAAAGGCCUCUUACCAACCUUUGAGUCCAUUAUCCCCCUUGCAGACCAUCGGUUCUGUGUGCGACACCUUUGGACAAAUUUUACGAAGUUGUUUCCUGGUAAAGCCAUGAAGGACCAACUCUGGGCAAUAGCAAAGUCAACCACCUUGGCAUAUUUUCACAAGGAAAUGGUUCUAAUCAAACAAAUGGACCCUAAUGCUUAUGAUUGGCUGACAGAUCCAAUAAGGCCUCCCCUUCACUGGUGUAGAACGCACUUCAAGUCUCACACUAAGUGUGAUAUUCUUCUGAAUAAUUUAUGUGAGAGCUUUAACGCAUUCAUAUUAGGUGCAAGAGGCAAGCCGGUUGUGUCAAGCUUUGAGGAGAUGAGGGUUAAACUCAUGAAGAGGAUUAUGUUGAGGAAGGAAAAGAUGAUGAAGUAUGAGGGUACCAUCUGCCCUAAACCUUGA